AUGGUCAGGGACACCAUUUCAGACUACCCAGGACCAUGUCAGACUCUGUGGCAGCCGACGGCAUUGCUUGUCGCCAGCAUGCCUCCAGCCGAUCCAGCCGUGCACAUCAGAAGGGAUUCUGGAUCCAUCCUGCUCUACUUGAGAUGGUCUGGCAUGGCUCCCAGAUGCAUGGCCUGCUCGAACCGGGUGAAUUGCCGACGUGGCGCCGGUGUGAUCUGCUUGUGCCGCGACCUGGCUUCCGCCAACAGCGUCUCGGGCCGUUAG